UUUUCGUUUGAUGGAGAAAACAGUGUAUUCGAGUAUUUUCAUUCUCUAGAUAUUUUUGUUACCACGACAUAUUUGAUAUUGAAGAAUAUACCCUAAAAGUGAACUUUUAGUUCAAUGCGUAAACCGUACUCUUCGAAAAAAAAUUCUAGCAGAGGCGCCAAAACCUAACAUUAGGCUGAAUGCUGAUUCAAAAUGCAAAUUGCAAACUGGAACCAUAGAUAUUAGAUUUUAAUUAAUUUAAAAAUUCAAAUGCAAGGAGAAUGGAUUCCAAAGAUGACACAUUUAUUAUUAUAGUUGGUAAUGAUGAGGAGAUUCCUGAUAUUAUUAGUAAAUAUCAAAAUCUUCCUGUUCCUAAAACUGAAAUCAAAGAUGAACCUGUUGAUAAUGAUAUGGAAGAAGAAACAUAUGAUGCCAAUGAGUAUUCUCAGUUAAAAGUUCCAUUAGAACCUUUUUAUGAUCUGAUAACAAGUACACCAAGAUGGAGCAGGACUAAAGAGAAAACUGUUGUCUCAUUUAUUGAAAAACUAAAAGAGAGUUGCCCUGAAUUGAAUGAUGAUAAAAUGUUGGUCGAGGUCUUAGCACAUAUAAUGAAGGAAACGAAACCUCCAAUACUGCCUGCAGGCUACUUUACCAGAAAUGGAAAUAUUUUUAAUUGUAGUUUAUGUGGAGCUCCAGAAACGAAUGAACCAGCUAUAGGUCGGCAUUAUCAGAGAACACAUGGAGUGCGAUACUUGUUCUGUUUUGCUUGUGGUGCUGACUUCAGAAGCACAACAAAUCUAUACAAACAUGAGAAGCGCUGCAAUGCCCCCGACAUCGUGCCAGUGUUGAUGGCCAGAGCACAACAGAUCGGUAACAAGGCCCGUUCUCGUCCAUUCCUGCAGAGAUACGCCACAACAAAUCUAUACAAACAUGAGAAGCGCUGCAAUGCCCCCGACAUCGUGCCAGUGUUGAAGGCCAGAGCACAACAGAUCGGUAACAAGGCCCGUUCUCGUCCAUUCCUGCAGAGAUACGCUGUGGAGAAGAAACGGUUUGAGUGCAACCAGUGUUCGGCGACGUUUGUCACCAAGCACUCCAUGAUGGCGCACGCGAUGCUGCACGACGACCAGCGACCAUUCCUGUGUCCGCAUUGCCCCUCCACCUACACCUCCAGCAACGCCCUCGCGCGACAUAUGAAGAAGCACUCCGGUAUAGAGUACGUUUGCGACUACUGCGGCCGCAAAUUCAACGCCAGGUCUUCAAUCAUUGCGCACUUUGACACACACCUACCGAUGAAGAAGUACCCGUGUGAGGAGUGCGAUAACCGCUACUCGCAGAAGGCGGCUCUGUUGCGGCACGUUGACAGCGUGCACAGGAAGUUACCGCCGCGGUUCACCUGCCAGCUGUGCCCCAGACGGUGUAACCGAAUGUCGAUUCUGAAGGAACACAUGAAAAAAAUGCACGGAAUGGUUCUUGUGACACAAAAGAUGUUCUACAGAUCAAGAGCGGACUUCAGCCAGAUAGAGGUAGAACAAGCCAAGUUAGUCUUGAAGUCGGAGAUGGGAUUUUAGCAGAAAGACUGUUGGAGAUAGAAAAUGGUUUUAGAUUACUAAUUUUUUUAUUUAUAGUUAUUUUUUAUCUGCAGUGAUGUGUGUAUAUGCCAGAUAUGUUUGUAUUGAUUUAGAUUUUAGACACAUAUGCAGUGGUAUACCUGCCUUAGCGGGUUCGAAUCCUUCUAGAGACAUACAUUGGAAUUAUUAUUCUCAACGAAACAGCGUGAAGCCCAGUCAUAUAAUCUAAAUAAGAAGGUAAUCUAAAUAAUAAUGUUUUAAGUGUUACUCCCUUGUGGGAUGACCGUCGUCAUAUACUUAACGAUUGCAACGCUCCGGAUAUUGUGGGACUCUUUUGCAACAAUAAUAUUUAUAUUGUAAUAAUCCAAUGACGUUCUAUAAAUAUGGACAUAUCAUUCGCAGUCUGAUAACGGAACGGCAAAUGUGUGCUUUAAGCCAAUGUAAGCACACUUUUCUCCUUAGUCGUGAGUCGACUGUGUGUCAAUCAACAAGCCAAGUGUGCUAUAAAAAGUGCUUAAAUAAUACAUUAACGAUUCGAAAUAAGAUGGUGUGACUCAUCAUUGGUAAAGUUAUUCUAUUAUAUAAGAUUGAGAUGCAAAAAGCGGAAGUAAUUUAAUAAAACGAAUAUUUUUUCAUUUAAUAUGGUACAAUAUUAUUGACAAGUCCCCAGACCAGACCCGCUUGUAAGAAUGGGACAGAUGAAAGGACACAAUCAGAAAUGUAUAGACAUGGCAGUCCAAGGUUAUUAUGAUGUCAUUUGUGGCAUGUGCCAUAUUUCGGCUUUGAUUUUGUAUGAGUUGCAUUGUCUAUAUGUAUAGAACGUCAUUGUAAUAAUCUAUAGAACACAGUUUUUAAAUGGCGAAUAUCUUUGUAAUUUCUUUUUAACGGUUUACUGUCCACUGUCAAGGAUAUCCGAGGAUCAUAGAAUACAGAGCAUUUAAAAACAUAGAUUACAGAGUUACUAAUAUUGUCAUUACAUUGCCAUCAACAAUUUAUUUAAAAACAUCAGUAUAUAGUUGCAGGUUGUGCAAAAACUUCCACAGUUUAUCAAAAUAAACAUACCUACUCAAAUACACCCAUAUUAUAAUAUACUUACUCAGGUACACCCAUAUUAAGGCGUUGUAUUACGUCCGCCGUUCUGAUUAAUACUAAAUCACUACUUACUCAAGGUUUAUUAUUUAUAAUUCGUUCGCACCACUGACCUGUAUAAAAUGGUGGUAUUUAAUACCACUGGACAGGCUAUUCCAUAUGUUUGACAGUAAAAUUUUGCGCCUAUUUGAAGCGCCACUCCCAAGCGUCCAGAGAACUAAUUUUGGCGUAUAAUACAAAUAGCUGUGAAAGAACGUACAAUACUAUGAAACUUUUUUGCAUUUUGAAUUAAUUUCGUUUGUUUUCCGUGUUAUUUAUACUGCAAGAAUCAACGUAAUAAAGUGCACAUUUUUUUUGUAAAUAGUUUUCCACCAUCCAUCGAUGUUUGCUGAGGUUGUCAUCACUAGUUUUAGUACCGCAGACUCUCGUUACAUGGCCAACAGCGCCAAAAUGUCGAAUAUCAAACAGGCCCAAAAAAGCACUUUGACAGCCGCCAGUCCAGUGGUAUAUAGUAGAGGUCAGUGAUUCGCACAGUAUUCGAGUCCAGUUUACAAGCGAGUAGUGUUUUGUGAGAUGAACAGUCCACAACGCAAUAAAGUGAAUAAUCUGACUAAGCAAAUGGCUACCGCUAUUUUAGAAGAGGUGGGUGAGGAAAUUUGUUUGAUUAAGAAAAGGAAGCUAGCUAUUAGGUUACGAAAAUGGCUCGUUUGAAGAGAAAAUCUAGGAGCUUCCAAUUAUCUUUUGAAGGAAUUACCAUUGGAAGAAAAUUAUGCACUGAAAUUUUUAAUGUUCAAUUUAAUUUUUCUAAUAUAAUAGCAUAAGUAACUGGCGAGGUGCCAUGUUUAAUGUGGCUGUGUUUGUUCUUAUUUAGAUUUCUGAUUAUUUAGAUUUGUAUGGGUCCACUUGAUGGUAGGCUUCGCUUGCCAGUCCAAAAUCAUUCCGCGAACUCAUUUAGGAUCGGGGUUUUAAAUGUACUUAGUAUAGGUCUCUAGAUAGAACUCAUUUCAACUAUUAGGUAAUGUUAUCUUACCAGUAAAUUGAUAAACGAUCGGAUAUUUGUCAGUCAGUGCCAAUAACUGCUAUACGAUCUUAGCGCGUUGGUUAGUGACCCUGACCUCUGAGUUACCAGGGUUUGAACCCCGUUAGGUGCAAACAUAUUUAUAAUGAAUAUGAAUAUUUAAGUUUUCAUACAGUAUUAAUCUAUAUACUUAAAUAUAAAAUUCAUGUGUCACCAAGUUAGUUGCCGUACAUACUCGUCCGAGACGGCUUGAUCGAUUUUUAUAAAACUUUUGUAGGUCGGUAAAUUCGGUAGGUGUGAGAUGAGGUCGUAAAGAAUUUUUAUAACCCCUAAAAAAUUUUUGCAUUACAAAUUUUUUGCCGAAUUUUGCAACAAAAUAUGCCAAUACAACGUUUGCCGGACUAGCUAGAUUAAAUAUAUUUUUAUCGGACACAUAUAGUACAUACCUAGUUUGGGGCUCGGUAAUUUCUGUUAAUAAUUGACACAAAUGAAGUAUUUCUCUUAUCUUUGUUUUGGUGACCCAGGUAUCAGCACGAACAAUUCACAACGAGCAACGCAGAACUGCUCGAACUUCCAGAGUAACCCACUAUAAACGGCUUCCCCACGUGACGUUGAGGCAUCGUCUCGUUGUGAGUUUUCAUCAGCUUCCACAUGGACUGAUUUACCAGUGGGAGGCUCCUUUCCUGGAUGCUGGCUAGAUUACGGGUACCACAACGGCGCAUUAUUCUGCCGUGCAGCGAUAAUGUGUAACAUUAUUGUGUUUUGGCCUGAAGGGCGCCGUAGCUAGUGAAAUUAUUGGGCAAAUGAGUCUUAACAUCUUAUGUCUCAAGGUGACGAGCGCAAUUGUAGUGCCGCUCAGGAUUUUUGGGUUUUUCAAUAAUUCUGCACUUCAUUAUAAUAGGCAGGGCGUAUCAAUUACCAUCAGCUGAACGUCUUGCUCGUCUCGUCCCUUAUUUUCAUAAAAAAAUAUUCCUUCCGCAGUAUUCUACCUUCGCACCUCACGUCACAAACCACCACUAUCUGAAGUAUGCCGUAUACAUAUCCUGUGCAGUUAUCAAGGAACAUUCUUCCACGUACAGUGCACUGUGGAUUGACCUUCCUUAAAAGGCAUUAAAGGCAUUUAUGUGUUUAAAAUUGAUUCCUUUAGAAUUAUUUUGAUGUCAUUUCAAAUAUACUAGAUAACUUAUGUGGUGUUUCCAGGACUAUUUUACAUACAAGCACCUAAAAGGAAUCAUUCUGUGAUUUCUCUCGUUUUGCUAUUUAGUAUAGACGGCGCUCAUAAUUGGCGCUCAUUGACAAAAUCCCAUAAGAUUUUGUGUUAUCCAGAAAAGGUUAACUAUUCCGGUGAUGAUGAUAAAUAGCUUCAUGCGGGUGGAGUAGUGGUUAUUACUACAAUUUUUAUAACUUUAUUGGUUCUGAGUAUUUACCUUUAUGUAAAAAGUAUGGGAUACCAUAUGUCCUUAGACGAAUUAACCACAGGACGCGUAUCGAGUAGAGUGUUAACCUUUACUUUAGCCACUUACAGAGAGUAAUAGCCUUAGUAAGUAAUUUGGCGAUGUCAUUAUGAUGCGCGAUCUCGGUGUGAAACAUUAUCACAAAAAUAGGCAACUGUGCUGUUUCGUCUUGUAAAAAAAUAAUAUAUUUAUAUCAUCAUAAUAACCAAAAGAAACAAAACGAAUGCUUUGCUUUUUUAUAAAGCGGAGUACCGCGGCCGAUUGUAAUGCGACAUGCGAUAGAUGGGCAAAAAUUUCACUUCAUUAGCGGACAUUAAAAAAAUGUGUCUUUUCACAUGUCAACACAACACAACUUCAACCUAUUUACAUUACAUUAGCAUUUUUUUCGUAUAAUAAAUAAAAUUUGGUUUGUAAACAAAACACAAUACGUCAUUUUGAAAAGUACUCAUUAUAUUAAUAUGUACAUGCUUAGAUUAAGGGUUGGUCUCCGCUGCGCUCCAACUGAUACCGCCUAUGAUCAAUAGCUUUUUAUUACGGUAACUAUUAGAUGCUUUUGUGCGUGGCAUCUUGAUACUCAAUGGCAUCUUUCCAAUUUUGUAACAUACGCCUCGUGUUAUAUACAUUAAUAUUAAUAAAAAACAAAAUACUUACUGAUGAUAUCCAAUCCCAGUGUCUUUCUUAUUUCUUGUAGUAUUAUUUUUACAAAGUUUUAAUACGCAACCCGGCAUUUUAGUUUCAAUUAUUAGCAAUUUUUAACAGAACAUGUGGCACGUCAACGUCACACAUUGUUCGAGACUGGCUCGGAAACGCCCACUUGGGCGUUGUAUCAGUUGCCGCACUUUUCGACUACGCCUGCGGUAUCUAAUUGGAGCGUAGCGGAGACCAAUCCUUAAUGUAAGUGUAAAUGCUUCAAAGAUACGUAAUUUGGCAAGUAAUUUGGUGUUGCUCAUUCAUGCGCUUAUAAUUUUUAUUCCGUACAUAAAGAGCUUGAAGUUAACUGUAAUUAUUUGACAGUUGAAGUCACUCCUCAAACCGCGAAACUUGGUCAAUUGUGGUUCCAUACAUUCUUCUUGGAUUUCGUGUCCGGUCCUUUAUUCGUUCAAGCAUAUGCAUCCUUCUUUUAGAUAAGCCAAACAUUAGGGGCCUUACAAAUAAACUUGGUAUUAGUGUUAUACCUGAGAAUAUAUCGCUGACAACACUGUCAAUACAGUGAUAAUUCUGAAGUUUUCCGAAUGCCAAAAACAGCCUUGCGAAAACAAACGCGGGAUACCUUAUACGUCCGAAUCACUGACCUAUAUAAAUACCACUGGACAGGCUGUUCCAUAUGUUUGACAGCAAAUUUUUGUGACUGUUUGAAGCGCCACUCGCGAGUGUCCAGAGAACUAACUUUUGACGUAUAAUACAAAUGCUGCGAAGGAACGUUUUUGCAUUUUGAACUAAUUUCGUUCGGUUUCCGUGUUAUUUAUACUUCAAGAAUCAACGUUAUAAAGUACACAAUUUUUUAUGUAAAUAGUUUCCCACCAUCUAUCGAUUUUUGCUAAGAAUGUCAUCACUAGUUUUAGUACCGCUGACUCUCGCUACAUGGCCAACAGCGCCAAAAUGGCGAAUAUCAGACAGGCACAAAACCACUUUGACAGCCAGUCCAGUGGUACAUUGUAAGAGGUCAGUGAUCCGAAUAAACCAAUCAUAAGCAAAAUGUCUAUUUGUAAACAUUUUGCAUAGUCUUGGUUUAUUCUCAGAUGUAACUUUAUACCAAGUUUAUGUGUAAGAUCGUACUAUGUGCUUUAUAUGACAUUACCAAUAUGUAUGUUACGGUUUCACCGCGAGGCACGGAUUUUUUUAUAUAUGCGGUGAACCUAAUGUCUGCUGGUUACCUGACAAGUAUGUAUGUAUAUUUAACGAUUCCUGCAUAACUUUAGUGGACUGUAAUAGGCUAUUCCAUCUUUUAUGUAUUUGUUUUUAAACUGAGUAUUUUUUCAACUACUUUACCUCCUUUAUUUAUUUAUUUUUAUUUUUAAAGCAUGAAAUCUGAAUAUUUGUCGGACAGAUUGCUAACUAUAAGAUAUGUAACUGAUAAAUAAAAAUUGCAGUACGUUGUUAAAGUAUUUGUUGUUUAAUUAUUUACUAUAAUAUAAUAAAGAUAAGUAUUUAAGUA